AUGACAAAGAAACCUACAAAAGACCCAAUAGCACACUUAACAGCUGGUGCGAUAUCCGGCUUCUCUUCGUGUACCCUAUUACAACCAUUUGACUUGUUGAAAACGCGUCUUCAACAAGAACGACAUCUUCAUAACCAACUACAGAAUUCGUCGAGUGCUAGAUUUUCUCCUACGAACAGUGUCUUAGUGUCAACAGUGAGAAAUAUUAUUGCCCAAGAUUCGAUAACUGGGUUAUGGCGUGGUACUGUUCCUACUAUACUUCGAAAUGUUCCCGGAUCAGCUCUAUAUUUUCUUACGCUAUCAGAAGUUCGUCACUUAUUUAAACAAUAUUCACAAUUCCAUACAACAGUAACAUCUGCUUCCGGAUCAUCUUUACCAGUUCUUUCAAGUCGCGAUAACUUGAUUGCUGGUAUGACAGCAAGAAGCCUCGCCGGGUUAAUGGUGAUGCCGGUUACGAUUAUUAAGGUUAGGUACGAGAGUUCCUUCUACAAUUACAAAAGUAUAUGGGGCGCAGCAGCUUCAAUACUGAAAACAGAAGGAAUCAGGGGUUUGUUUUAUGGCUAUGGCGCAACUGUGCUGAGAGAUGCUCCACAAGCAGGGUUAUAUGUUUUGUUUUAUGAGCGGGCGAAAUUGUGGAUUGGAGCUUGGAAAACAGCCAAUUCAUAUACAAUUGCGUCGCCGAUAAUUCAUUCGUCUUCAGCUGUGUUUGCAGGCAUAGCAGCAACUAUAAUCACGCAACCAUUCGAUAUGCUAAAGACGCGAAUGCAAUUAAGACCACUUGACUAUCGAAACACGUUACAAGCUGGACGUAAAAUGCUUCGGGAAGAAGGAUUUCUUGGAUUUUUCGACGGUAUAACAUUGCGCUUAGCACGCAAGACAGUGCAGUCGGCUAUCGCGUGGACAAUCUACGAAGAGGUUGUUACGCGGUUUCACAGAUAUCGAAAUACGAUAGCUUAG